GUUAAUAUCACUUCCGUACCAAGACAAUUCAUAUACUCCAGGAAAAAAAAUAGUGCGAAAACGAUCACGAUGAAAAUCUCAUCCUCCUCAAGAAUUGUAUUAGUUCUUCUAUUAAAUUGUCUUCUCCAUGGGAACAAGGUCGUAGCAUUCCGUCGUCACGAAUAUGGAGAUAAGGGAAAUUUUUGCUACAAAAUCACAUCUUUUCCCGCAGCAUUAUUGCAUCUUCGGGGUGGAGUUUGUAAUAACUCGAUAUGCGAGAGAGCAUGCGGCAAUAUGUUUGGAAGAAUUGGAUUAGUUAUUUAUGGACGGUGUGAGAAUCUAUCUUGUGCUUGCUACACUGCUUGUGCACAUCUCUUUGACCCGCCACGACCAGAUUUAAAAUUAAAUUAAAUUAGAUAUUAAUUCCUCGCUACGAAAUAAAUAUUUUGAUAGCCUCCACCAAUGGUUGCUCCAUAGUGACAAGUUUUUCCCCCCUUCUUCUGCAGUGUAUGUCUUUUAUUACUUCUUUCCUUUUUGGUAGAAUAGGGAAUUUAGUAAGCUACCCAUGAAACGUAAAAUAAACGUUAAGUUAGUAUUUUGUGUUUUGCCAUUUU